UCCUGAUCUCGAGAGCGUCGUCGUCGAUCUUCCUGCCCUCGUCGCGAAGCGGAAGGAGCAAAGGGCGUUCCGAGAAGUCGCAGGCGAAUGGGCUCCCGGCGGCGGUCCAGCGGUUCAUGAGAGCAUCCCGCCGCCGCGCGCCGCGCGCCGCCUCCUUCCACCUCCACCUCUACCUCCUGCUCGCGUUCGCCCUCGUCGCCCUGCGCGCGCCGCUCGCGCACCUCCCCGUCGCGGGCACCACCGGCGGCGGCGGCGACUCCACCCCCGUCCCCCGCCACGGCGGCCGCCGCGAUCGCGAGAUCUCGCGCCGGAGCGACCUCGGAAGCAUGUCCAAAGCCCGGGUUUACGCCGACGUCAACGUGAUCCGGCCCAAGGAGUACUGGGAUUACGAGUCCCUCGCGGUGCAGUGGGGUAACCAAGAUGACUAUGAAGUAGUUCGGAAAGUCGGAAGGGAAAAUAUAGUGAGGUCUUUGAAGGAAUAAAUGUCAAUACCAGUGAGAAAUGUGUAAUCAAGAUCCUCAAACCUGUCAAGAAGAAGAAG